GUUUCAAAGUCAGGAGCACAAACGUCAUUGGCCGCAGUCGCGUUUCGCGAUAGACAUUCUAGAGAGGAGAAUCGCGGGGAUACACAGAGCGAUGGCAGUCAUGCACGUACGCUAGGACUACACAGUGGUUAUUAUGUAGCCGAUAUGCCUUGAAGGCAAUUAAUACUAUUGUUAUGAUUCAGUCGGAUACGUCAUGUGUAUUCCUCGGCGAUGCGACGCCAGCCUUCGGUCAGUGUUCUGCCGUGGAGACCGCUGGCAACUCGCUUCGGUUCCGGGCACUAUGGAGCAGCUUUAGAUUGCUUUUAGAGCAACCAGACAAUUUCCCAAAAGAUGUACCGCUUCUCAGCAAGAUUCAUUUCGGUUUAGUGCGGUUCGUGUUACAGUAUGCAAGAAAACGCGCUACAAAACGCAAGUGGAUCAACUAAUUGGUGAUAUCUGUUUGAAUUACUUUUUAAUUAAAGACUUGCAGUACUCGCUUGUUCCAGAACUGUUCUAGUGCUUCUAAAUAGCAUCCUGAGAAAAGAGACGCUCCGCAACGCAGUUCAUAUCAACAUAACGUUGUUCCUGUUACAAAUGAAAGGGUAAUAUUUCAGUUGUGUUUUAAAUAAUAAUCACCAUGUUACAAUGAUGAGGUAGUAAGAAUAUAGCGACAAGGAUUUAAGCGUAUAAUAAUCGCACCUGUGUGAUUGUGUGAACGUGCAAUGGCAGUGACUCAAUCCGUUGGGAAUGAAACAAUGAUAACAUUGAACAUUCGUGAAAAUAGUGCCACGAUUCUUUGACUCCCCGUACCGCAGAAGGAAGCGUCAAUAAUAUAGGAGGAGAAUCUGGUAGCUAGCUUCGGUAUUCUAAGGAGCAUACAAGUUUAAAUGAGUAGGAGACGUUAUACACUGCAAUAUGUCGAAUGAUAAUGGCAUUGAAAAAGAUCUGGCCAAACGAAACAGCGUUCCCAAUCACGAUGAAAGGCAUGGUAGGAGCAGCACCAUCUCAACAUGUAGGAGCAACGAAGAGAUAGCGGGCAAAGCGGACAAAUGUACUCAAAUUGAUUUUAUUCAAUUAUCCCAUGGUGCCCACAGAAGUAGACCUACUUCUUUAGCCUAUUUGCCCAAGCAUACUCAAAUCAACGACGCUAACUAUUCUCAUUACAACUCCAAGAGUACCUUGUACACUUCUCAGAGCGAAUUAGUCCUGUCGCCGAGGAGUAGAAACAAUCGCUACGUGGCCUUGGACAUGAGGUCAAUGGGCAGUCUUCCAUACUCAAAUCUCCAUUCGAACAGUCACAUCCCCAACAAUGUGCCAUAUGCAUGUUGCUGUACGUGUGCAGGAUCCCAGGUACAACCAACACCUCAACAAGAGGAUCAUGAUGGUCCUGAAGGCCUCUCGUGGAGAAGACUCCACAUGAGUCGCGCUAAAUUGAAAGCAACUGCAACAACAUCAGAAUUGUUAAGCGGAUUCGCAAUGGUGGCUAUGGUAGAACUGCAAAUAAACGAUCCAAACGCGGUACCGGAGUGGCUGUUUGUAAUGUUCGCUGUUUGCACAACCGUCCUAGUAUCAGUGCACAUCUUUGCUUUAAUGAUAAGCACAUAUUUGUUACCGAAUAUUGAGGCCAUCAGUAAGCUUCAGGUAUCUCGAUUGGUAACGGAAUCACCGCACGAAAGAAUGCGCGGUUUCAUUGAAUUAGCGUGGGCAUUUUCCACAGUGCUGGGCCUAUUUCUAUUUUUGGUCGAGGUAGCUAUACUCUGCUGGGUAAAAUUCUGGGAUUACUCUUUUAUAGCUGCAGCUGCCAGCACUAUUAUAGUGAUCCCGGUCCUCAUAGUCUUCAUAGCUUUUGCUGUACACUUUUAUCACUCGUUGGUGGUGUACAAAUGUGAAUCCUCGGUGACUGAUAUGAACGAACUGGAAAGUAUUAAACGGAAUUUAGAUAACGUAACGAUCGGACAGAGUAGCGUUUGAUUUACAGAGUUUUUAGUAUCUGUUAUAAAAGAAUUCCCAUCUUUCGUUGCCUACGAUUGCUAAUUAGGUAUAUUGACAUCUCCUGAAACACGCAGCAGACUGUAACACCGUUCGUUUCUGGCCGGUUAAACUAAUCGCUGAAAAUUAAAUAUUGUACUUAAAGUACACAUACGUAACAGAAAAAGAACACAUUAUAUUUAUUCAAUAACUUUACUUUUUUUUUAAACACGACCACGCGAAAAUGAUCGUGUUUUAUUAUAUAUAAAAAUGUACAUAGCUGUACACAUGCAAGUCAAGAAUUGCAACAGUACAAGCAAAGUGCUCUUAGUGUUAUUAGCUAUUUUAUAUUUAGCAUUUUAAUUAUGUUCUAUUUACGACUUAAUUCCCGAUUUUUCUUUAAAUGUUUCCCCCGAUUGCUUCGCUUUUUAUCGUACGAAUCAUCGUAUCGCUAAAUAUAUGUAUAUAUGUAUACAUUUAUAUAUGUGUAUAUAUGUAUACAUACAUAUAUACAUAUACACAUAUUUUUGUCACUUAGUUUGUGGGAAAACUGAAGGACAGUCGAGUGAUCGGUUUCAUUUUAUGUACAUGCUUUUGUUCCAGAACUUGUUAUCCUAGUCAAAUAAAUUAUUCUUUUUUCUCAGACUUGAAGACUCUCUUGUUAAUCAAAAUGUGGCUCACACUACUUAAUCUAGAACAGAGAAAGAGAGAGAAAGAGAGAGAAAUAGAGAGCGAGAGAGAGAGAGAGAGAGAGAGAGAGAGAAAAUAUUUAUAAUAAUUUGAUCCACCUUUCAUUUUCGCCAUAAACUAAGUCAUAAUCUUACAAUCAAUAUUUUCUACAGUUAUUACGCUUUAAAUUCUGUUUGUACAAAAAAAGAAGAGAAAAAUGAUACGAAUCAAAAAGAAGAAUUGUAAUUAAAGCAAGAGCAUAAUACAAUCGUUUCUUCUAAAGGAA